CGCCCGCCCGCAGGCACAUGCCUGCCCGCACGCAGAACCCGGGUCUCGGCAAAUUUCCGGCGCGGGAGGCGAGGGGCGCGGAGCGCGCCCACUGCGCGUGUGCGCGCUGGUGAAGCCCCUGUCCCCUCCCCCUGCGGACGGACUUGGUACGGCCGGACGGUUGGCGUCCUCCGCGGCUCCAGCCAGGGGCGGGCUUUUCAAAUCUUAUCUUCGGUGGAGUGGUGGCGGUCCCCGCUGCGGAGCUGAAGAUGGAGGUGCAGACCCUGAGGGGUCGCGAACUCUGCCUGGCGGGGCUUCCCGCCCAGCAGGACUGCAGCAUUCGAGAAAAAAUAGAUUUAGAAAUUCGAAUGCGACAAGGAAUAUGGAAACUCCUUUCUCUGAGCACUCAGAAGGACCAGAUUUUACAUGCAGUAAAGAAUCUCAUGGUGUGCAAUGCUCGAAUAAUGGCUUACACAUCAGAGCUACAGAAAUUAGAAGAGCAGAUUGCAAAUCAACCUGGAAGAUGUGAUGUGAAUUUUGAAAGUAAAGAACGAACAGCAUGUAAAGGAAAGAUUGCCAUAUCAGAUAUUCGAAUACCACUGAUGUGGAAAGACUCUGAUCACUUCAGCAAUAAAGAACGAUCACCGCGCUAUGCCAUUUUUUGUUUAUUCAAAAUGGGAGCUGAAGUUUUUGAUACUGACAUGAUGAUUGUGGAUAAAACAAUUACAGAUAUAUGUUUUGAAAAUGUAACCGUAUUUAAUGAAGCAAGGCCAGACUUUCAGAUAAAGGUGGAAUUAUAUAGUUGCUGUACAGAAGAAUCUUCUCUAACCAACACACCAAAAAAAUUAGCUAAGAAACUGAAGACCUCUAUAAGUAAAGCUACAGGAAAGAAAAUAAAUUCAUUUCUUCAAGAUCAUGAAACAUGCUUGUCCUUCAGUCCUGCUGUUUCUGGUGCAAAGUAUAGUUUACUAGCUCAGACUACCCUGACCUUGGAAAGUGCUGAGGACAGUUUCAAGACCCAUAAUCUGUCUAUUAAUGGAAAUGAGGCGUCUCCGUUCUGGCUCCCUUUAUUUGGUAACAUGUGCUGCCGUUUUGUUGUCCAGCCAGCCUGUAUGUCUGAGAAUGCGUUUGCAGGAUUCCUUAAUCAGCAGCAAAUGGUGGACGGUCUCAUUAGUUGGAGAAGGUUGUAUUGUGUUUUGAGAGGAGGUAAACUCUAUUGUUUUUAUACUCCAGAAGAAAUUGAAGCUAAAGUGGAACCGGCUUUGGUAGUAUCCAUUAACAAGGAAACCAGAAUUCGGGCAAUGGAUAAGAAUGCCAAGACAAGAAUCCAUAAUUUCUCCAUCAUCAACCCUGCAGCUGGACAGGCUAUAACGCAUAUUUUUGCAGCUGAAAAUAAAGAAGACCUUCAGAAGUGGAUGGAAGCCUUCUGGCAGCAUUUCUUUGAUCUUAGCCAAUGGAAGCAUUGUUGUGAAGAACUUAUGAAAAUUGAGAUUAUGUCACCACGGAAACCACCUUUGUUCUUGACAAAAGAGGCGACUUCAGUCUACCAUGAUAUGAGUAUUGAUUCACCUAUAAAACUUGAAAGUUUAACUGAUAUAAUACACAAAAAAAUUGAAGAGACUAAUGGACAGUUCCUUAUUGGUCAGCAUGAAGAAUCCUCACCACCUCCUUCGGCCACACUAUUUGAUGGUAAUCAUCAAGUGGUCAUCCAGAAAAAUACAUUGUCUUCUGCAAGCAAGCAGUUACAUGAUGGGAAAGGUAAAAAGAGACGAGCUCCCCUUCCUCCUUCUGAUAAAGCUCCAUUCAGCUUAAUAACACAGAGCAACAGAGAUCAAUUGGUUAAGGACAACUGGGAAAAAACAGGUGUAUCUCAGACCUCGCCUUUGGAUGCCAAAUUGUCAACCCUAAUGCAUCACUUACAGAAACCAGUGGCUGCUCCUCGAAAACUCCUUCCUGCCAGGAAAAAUUGUUUAACCGAUGGUGAACACACAGACACUAAAACCAAUUUUGAAGCCAAGCCAGUGCCAUCUCCAAGGCAGAAAUCUAUCAAAGACAUUUUGGACCCUAGAUCAUGGUUGCAAGCACAAGGAUAGAAAACCGUUAAUGUAUAAAACAUUUAACAAAAUCUAUAACUGUGAGGCUUGAUUCAGAAGCACUAUAGAUGUGGUACUAUGAAAUUAUGUAGGUAAAUAAUAUAGUUAUUUACAUCAAUAAUUAAGCUAUUAGGAAUAAAAAUAUUUUAUAAUGAAGAAAGGAAUUUCUCUUUUACUUCUGAGUUUUAGAAUAUAAAUGAUUUCCCCUGCAGUAUGCAAGGGGCAGUUUCUAGACAAUAUCCUAAUUGUUAGAGAGGUUAAGUUAUUUCUAUAUUAGUACCAGGCAGUGAACAAGCACUAGGCAGAAGAAAGCAUUAAAAUUUCUUUGGGGAGAGACUGUCUAGUAAUUUUAAAUGUGUUAAAUAUGAGCCAUAUUCUCACUGUGAGAAUUUUAAUACUAAUGGAAUGUUUCAAAACUUUUAUUCAAACCACAAAUUAUAGAAUCACCCCCCAAAAUUUCUUCAUAGCAUUCUAGAAUUUUCAUUUAAUAAUAGUUCGCUGACUCUCAUCUAUUGUUUAACUCACUAGUUAACUCACUGACCUUUAAAUUCCUGGGAUAAAUUUUGGAAUAUUAAAUUCCUCAUCUUUAAAGGAAAUUUGUAUUGUGCUAUUCAAAGUUGUUUCCUUGAUGAACCCUGAAAUCCUGUAGACAUUAACUCUUAAAUGAAGCAUAACAUUUAUUAGGUAAAUGAAAUGUUCUUCACUCUCAUUUUCCUAUGCAUGGCGCUAAUUUCCAUUGUGACAUUGGAAUUUGGGGAAGUGAGUAGCUGAUUAACACCUUAAAAUUCAUUUAAUACUUAUUUAAAAAGCAGAUGGCUGAUUCAAAAAUAUCAGAAAAGUGGGCCUUGGGUAUAAUUUUCAGAAUUAAUCCUUUUUAAAAUUUUUAGAUUUCCUUUUUCUGGUAAGGGUUGAUGUCUGCUAUUGCUAUUACUCAUUAAAAGUCAUAUUUCUACAAUAAUGACAUUGGAAUCAUUUCCAUAGGAGAUAAUUUCCAUAGCAACUAAUCAUAGUGACCCAAACAGAAUUAUGAAAUCAAGUAAGGAAUAAAUAGCAAGAGAUUGAAUAUCUUAAAGGAACAACAACAACAACAAAUCCAUUUUUUAUAAUAAUGCUUCUUUGUAAACAAGAGCUGAACAGUUUUACAGAUUUAAUCAGAAUUUUCAAAUAAAAGUUUCCAUAAGGUGUCAGCAACUGCACUAAGAAUCUCAAAUCACAGUGAAGCCUCAGUGUCAUUGCAAGAAAUAAGAAAUUACUGCCCUGUGUAUAAUCUCUAGAGAUCUUUUUAAAGCCCGUAAGAACUCUAUUUGGAUCAGAACUACAUUAUUACAAAGUAAAAGGAAUACUUGACCAAAAAAAUAACAUUAAUUUAAAUGAAGCCUUUCAUUAUUUUUAGAUAGUAGAGCCUAAUUUAUUAUAGAAUGAUGUAACUGCCAGGUUACUUUUGUGUUUGCCCAGGACUCUAGUAAGAAUUGGGACUCGAGGGAGCAAUGAUACAAAAGGUCUCUUGUGACUGGGGACAUCAGGAUAGACCUAGUAUUUGAUGAGAAGGAAACCCUAUAUGCUUGCCUGAUAUAAUUUAGAAACAAUCACAUGUAUGAAAACCUAAAAAGGUAGGAUUAAUUUUUUCUAACUGUAAAUUUCUGUUAUGAUUGCCAAUUCAGUAAAUGACAUUAAAAAUGUAAAAGAUAUUGUUGCUCAAAUUUUUAUUUUUUAAACCUCACUGCUGUUUUUGACAGCAUUUGUGACUGUCAUUGUCAUUAAAUUAUUAAACUAGAAUAUGCUGUAGGCAAAGUUGUUUCUGAAACUGGCAUCUAAGCAUUUUUUUUUUUUUUUUAGUUGAAGCCUUCCUUAUAACAAACCAGUGUUAAAACUUCCAGAUUAUAUUCUUGUCAUUUCUCCUUAUGCAUAUUAUAUCAAGAAGGAUUUAAGUUGUACAGGAAAAAGAAUUUAUUCAUAGGGAAAUUACCUAGCAGUUGCACCUUCAGCGGGGCACUCUGAAACAAGGCUGAAGCCCUUCUCUCUAGAACCAUUUAAGGUGAAGUCUGACCAAGGACCACCUCCCCCACCAAAUUAUUCAGGCUGCUUCUGGGGGCCCAUCUUACUGUAUGUUACAAAGCUUUUGGAAUUGGGCUGAAGUCUUUUGCUGUACUUCCUUUGACAUUGUGCUCAUUAAAUGUUAGUUCAGUUCCCCCAAAAAAUGUAUGAUGCGAAGUUGGGGCUCCUUCCUUUCUUUCCACAGUUUAAAAAAAAAAAACUAAAAAUACUGAGUCAGACAGUUUGCUAAGCAGUUUGUCAAAAGGAAUAUUUGUUUUCUCAUUUCCUAAACCAGAAGCUUAUGACAGAGAAAAAUAUGCCAUGUAAUAAAAGAUGUUUCAGCUUUUUAUGAGCUGGAUUUUCACAUUCCUUGUUUGUCUUUUUAAUUUGUUUCUUGAUAUAUAGACUAUAAACUUGAAAGUUAGCUGUCAGAUCUUGAUAAUAUUAUAAUUGGAGAAACAUAAUAGAAAGAAUAGAUUUUAUGGUAUGAUAAUUCUGAUGAUCUGAAGAUAAUAUCUUAGAAAAUUGCAUUUACAUUUCAAGCUCUGGGAUAUAAAUUACUUAGAACAGCAUUAAGACAGUAUUAUUUUUAAUUGCUACAAAAUGGUGUACUUUUUGUUUAAAUAUCUUGCAAGGACAAAGAAGGCAUUUUGCUAUUAUAAAUGCAUAACUCCUAAGGUAAAUAGUCUUUCAAAAUAUUAGGCGUGCCAACUCUUGGUGAGUUUUAUUAAAUUCUUCUUAACUGUCUGUUGUGCUCCCCGACUUCUUUUAAAUGGAUUUUCAUGUAUGUGGAAAACUAAAUCCAUUUAUUAUAAAUGCUUUAUCUUUACCCUUUAGGAUCAUACUAAAUAUAUUUUACCUGGUACUGUUUAUUAAAAAUGGAAGCUGCCUUGAUUUAGAGACAGUUCAUGUAUGGUAGGUUAAGCAGUGAAAUAUUUCUUUAGUCUUAUGUUCAGUACCUCAGCCAUCUACAUGAAAUUAAUUCAGUCCAAAAUGAAAUUAUAGGGCAGUUUGCUGCAAUUUAUGUUAAAUGCAAUUUGAAUGUAAUCACCUGUGUUACCGUGAAUGAGAAACAGCCUUACUAGAUAGAGUGCUGUACCAUGGAGAAAAAGAGAGUAAAAAUAUCUGUCCUGUGGGUCAGAAUUCAUCCAAACUCGUUUUUGUAAAGAGUGAAUUAUUGAACAGUAAUUAUAGUUUAACUGAUGACCAUUUGUAUUCUACUAGUUGUCUUCAAUGUUCUAUUAGACUUAAAUUAUAAUGUAGAUAGAGUUGACUUUUUGCACUUACAUUUCAAAGAAAUUACUAUUUUUAAAUAUUUACAUGUUUAUGUUGUAACUGCUUCAUUGCUAAUAAUAAUUAUAUGAAAAACAGUUUAUUUUGGGUCAUGCGUGUUCUUAGUUACUAGAGAAGAUGUUACCUUUGAGUUUUUAAAAGACAAGAUUUCAUUUGAAAAUAUGAUGAGGUGUGUUAUUUUCUAUGACAUGCUUGUAUAAUUGGCAUUGUUUAUGUUUUUUAUUUUUUAAUUAAAUGUGGGUCAAGCUUCUAGAUUUAAAAAUGUUAUAUCACAGAUUAUAUAGUUUUUAAAGUACCAAACAUUGGUAAGGAAGCCAAGGUCAUGUGAUUAAAACUUCUGUACAUGAAAAGACCUGAUUCAUGAAGAUUUUUUCUAGCUUUUUUCCUUCGGUACCCACUGGACUACAAUGAUAGAAGUAAAGAGUGUUGUGAAGUCAGUUUAUUCAGAUAAAGACAUACCUAAUAGCUGGUGCUAGUCACUGUGAGACCAGCAUUCGAUAGCCUGGGUAUAACUAACAGUUAUUAAAAUUUUUUGCAUAUAGUCUUUCUUACAGUAUACUGUUUUACAACUCCAUUGAUGUAAACUUAGUUUUAGGUUAGUGAUGAAGAAUUUCCCCAGGGUUUAAGUCACUCUGAUAAAAAAUUAGGGACCUGGGAUACUCAGUUGCUGUUAGCCACCAGGAGACUCCUUAUUUUAAUGCACCUUUCUCAGUACUUAAUUUAUUCCCAUGGAGCACCUCGGGGAGGAUGGAGGGAGAGGCUGAAUAAUCUUGGCUCAAUUAUAUUACUUCAAUAUUUUAUUUUUAAAUCUGUAGUGUGACCAGAAAUAUUUAACAUUUAUUUUUAGAAGAAACUUCUGUUUCUCUAAGAGAGGCCUGCUAACCAAUGAGCUCAGAUAAACAAAAUACCUGAAGGCUCAAUUAACAAAAAUUAAACUAUUACAGAAAUAUUAACAAACACUUCUAUUUAUUUGAAUAUAGGGAAAAAAUACCAAUUCUGGCAUGUUUGAAAGUUAGGUAAAACCAUUCCAAAUCUUGCUGAAAAUUGUGUUUUAAAUUAUAUCAGUUUGCUUUGAGAAAGAAAUAUGGUAAAUUCUUAAUGUAACUACUAAGGAAAGAUAGAUUGAAAAAGUCUUAUAUAGACAUGCUAUUUUGUAAACAUGUUUCAAUAUUUCAAAAUAGAUUGUCUUGUUCAAAAUGGAUACUCUUGUGAGUUGAAACAAGAUUUUUUUGUUUGAAAACCAAGAAAACUUGGUUUUUACAAAUGGAUACAUUUUUGUUGAAUUUAGACCUCUUAAUAAACAUUUUGACUUAAA